AUGGAAAAUAAAAUGGCGGACACAGGAACGAAUGCUGUUGCCAAAGGGCGCGCAUGCCUGUACAGAGGCCAAACAGCGAAUGGAAUUUUGAAUGGAAAUUCAGUCAUUAAUUCAAAAUUAACAAGAAAUCUAAUUAAUCUAUACUUUUUGUGUUUUUUUUGUGGGUUUUUCCCUUUCGUCUUCGUCUUUUUUCUUCUACUUAGUUCUGUUGUAUUUGUUACUCCGCCUCUUUCGUUCUUUCUUUUUUUCUUUCUUUCUUUCUUUCUUUCUUUCUUUCUUUCUUUCUUUCUUUCUUUCUUUCCUUUCUUUCUUUUCUCUCUUUAUCUUCUUUUCUUUCUUUCAUUUUCUUUUUUCCCAUCAUUCAUUACCUUCUUUCUUUCUUUCUUUCUUUCUUUCUUUCUUUCUUUUUUUCUUUCUUUUUCUUUCUUUCUUUUCCCCUCUCUCUUUAUCUUCUUUCUUUCUUUUUCCCAUCAUUCAUUACCUUCUUUCUUUCUUUCUUUCUUUCUUUCUUUCUUUCUUUCUUCUCGCAUUUCUCUCUCAAUCUUUCUUUUUCUUUUCAUCCCUCUUCUCAUUUCUCUCAUUUCUUCAGAUUUGUCUCCCUGUAAUGUUUUUCCUUUUUUUUUUGUCGUUUUCUUUCUACCCUACCUCUUUUUCUACUUCUCCCUCCGCCAUUUCGCCUAUUCCUCUUCUUCCUUUACUUUUCUUCUCCCGUCUUUCUUUCUCACACUUCUUUCCGUUUCACAUACGGAGAAUCGACAUGAUGAAUACAAGGUCAAGGCUACUGGAAAUACGAACUUCAAAGUUUACCUUCGCUCGUUCGUUAUUUUAUUACUCUAUUCCGCUCUUGAUUCAUUCGUUCGAUUAUUCCUUACUCUAUUCCUCUUUUCCAUUCUUUAUUCUAUCGUUCCUUUAUUCCUUCUUUUAUUUGCAUUCUUGAUUCCCGCCUUCGUUCGAUCGUUCCUUCGUUCCUUUCUUCCUUUAAUCCUCUUUUCCAUUCUUGAUUCCCUCGUUCCUUACUUCCUCUAUUCUGUUCUUGAUUCAUUCGUUCGAUCAUUCCUUGCUCUAUUCCUCUUUUCCAUUCUUUAUUCCCUCGUCUCUUUGUUCCUUCUUUUAUUUUCAUUCUUGUUUCCCGCCUUCGUUCGAUCGUUCCUUCCUUCCUUUCUUCCUUUAUUCCUCUUUUCAUUCUUGAUUCCCUCGUUCUUUCCUUCCUCUAUUCUGUUCUUGAUUCAUUCGUUCGAUCAUUCCUUGCUCUAUUCCUCUUUUCCAUUCUUUAUUCCCUCGUCUCUUUGUUCCUUCUUUUAUUUGCAUUCUUGUUUCCCGCCUUCGUUCGAUCGUUCCUUCCUUCUUUUCUUCCUUUAUUCCUCUUUUCAUUCUUGA